AUGGCAGACAUUGCGUUUGAGGUGGCUAGACCCUUCUUUGGCAGGUAUCACUGCAUCUACACAGACAAACUAUAUACGUCCGUGGAGUUGGCCCGCAGACUUCUUGCAGAGAAGACGUACCUGACAGGAGCAGUGAAGUUAGGCAGUAAAGGACUGCCAAUCCACUUCAGUAGCAAUGAGGAAAAAACCCUCAUCACCACAAGAAGGACAUUCCAGAGGGACUGCUCAGCCACAAUCAGAGACCAGAGAGCCACAGGAUUUGCCAAGUCACCACUGCCAGAGGAUGCCAUCAAAGUGGGCCAAGAGAUGCAAAAGAUGCCUGAGAACUGGCCACAAGAACCCAUCAGAUCCUACCGCAAGGAAUGGGAGUCAGAAUUUAAGUGGCUUUCUUAUGACGACAACCUUGGCCUCAUGUUCUGCAAAUUAUGCCGAGCUGCUAAUGUCACGGGCGACCGAGGAAAGAAGCAAAAUGUCUUCUACAAAGGGUCAGAUAACUUUAAGAUCGAUUCGAUCCGCGCUCACGUGACCAGCGACAACCAUCGCCUCGCAGUAGAUCGGGAGAAAGCCAGACAGUGUACCCCUAGUACAAGCCCAGCAGAAGUCAUGCUGAAAUCGAUGAAUAUCGCCGCUCUGAAUCGUCUGAAACUUCUAUUCCGAAACGCCCAUGCCAUCGCAUUGAAUUGUCAGCCGUUCACUGACCAUCAAUGGAUGGCCCGUCUUGACAGCGCGAAAGGCCUUGACGUCGGUUCUGCCUACCGCACUGACAAAGCUGCACGUGCUUUUAUACACAGCAUUGCCGAGGUUGAGCGCCUAAAACUCAUAGAUGCAGUGCAGAAGGCCAAGUUCAUAUCCCUGAUUUCUGACGGCACAACAGAUGCAUCCAUCACCCAAGCAGAAAUUCUUUAUAUUCGAUACAGCGAUGAUGGCACACCACACACUCAGCUGGUUGGUUUGCAUAGAGUUGUGAAAGCAGAUGCAGAGUCAAUCACAGAGAGCAUCACCAAAGGGUUGCAGAACACGCUUCAAAUCUAUAACGCCUCUCUCAAGAAAACGCUGGUGGGGUUUGGUUCUGAUGGGGCAUCCGUAAUGAUUGGGCGAAACAAUGGGGUUGCUGCUAAGAUGAAGAGGUACAGCCCAGUCCUCCAAGCCGUUCACUGCACUGCUCAUCGACUUGAGCUGGCAUUUAAGGAUGCCUUGAAGACGGUAACAUUGUAUACAACACUCAGCAACAACCUCCUUGGGCUGUACCUGUUCUACAGAAACAGCUCAAAGAACAGAAGUGGACUGAAGAUGGCUGCCGAGGCCCAGCAACAAGAAGUUGCAAUUCCUACAAGAGUUUGUGGCACCAGAUGGCUGCCCCAUCUUCAGAGAGCACUUCAACAGAUGCUGUGGGACUAUAAGGCCUUGAUAACACACCUUCAGCAGGUGGAGGUAGAGCCUGGUAUGUCUGUUGAUGCUAAAGGAAAGGCAAAACAGUUCCUAAAGAGCCUACAUUGACAUGACCUGAUGAAGUUUGCCCAUUUCAUGUUGGAUGUGGUCACGGUUUUGUCCAAAGUAUCUCUGUCGGCUCAGUAGUCAAGCAACACAGUGGCAGAGGUUGCUGCCUCUAUUGAUGCAGCUGUUGCAACACUGGCAAAGUACAAAACACGGAACAUGACACCUACAUGUAAGUUGCAGGACUUUGGAGAACAAGGCAUCUUUCAAGGUGAGGAGCUGGGUGGAGCUGGUAACAUCAGUACAGCAAUAGGCACUGUACUCACAGAGAUUGAAACCAGCCUGGAGGGAAGGUUCUCUGAUAUGAAUUCUGGUGUCUUGUCUGCGAUGAGAAUCGCCAGUUUCAAGUAUUGGCCCAACGAGCAGGACUCGUCACAAGUUACUAGUUUCGACCUCUUCCCAAAAAAUUUCUUUACAAACUUUGGAGAUGAGUGUGUCGCUGCAAUUGUGAAGCAUUUUCAGCCAGUCCUGAAGGAGGCAGAUGUCUCCAUUGAUGAAGUUGCUGUCGAAUGGGACCUACUGAAAUCAAGAGUAUAUGCCAAGUACAAGAGCAUCAGCAAUGCCAAUUGGCCUGAUAUCAUCAGGUCCUCCAAGCAUGAGCUUCCGAACAUCUGCUGCUUAGUGGACCUGAUGAUUACCAUCCCUGCAAGUUCAGCAGAUGCUGAGCGUGGCUUCAGCAGGUUAAAACUGCUGAAGACAACCCAGCGGACCAGGCUGAAGGACGACGCUGUGUCUGACCAACUCAUGGUGAUGCUCCACAGUGCGGGCAUUGAGGACUUUGACCCAAUGCCCGCAAUAGAUCUGUGGAACAGAUCUAGCGUAAGAGCAAGGCAUCUGGGGAAGCCUGAGGUGCAAGCAGAUGAAGAAUAGAGUGAGAAUGGGAGCGAUGAUGACAGCAGUGAGGAGGAGAACGAGGAAACUAUGCCAGACGACCCAGACCCGGACAGCACAUCAUCUGAUUCAGAUUUUAAAUAGACCUCAUCAUUGUAUAAGAAUAUCAAAGAAUUUCAGACCAGCAGCCUAUGUUUAUGAGGCAAACAUUGUCAACAUUCUUUCAUUUGAUUUACCGUACAAAUUACUUUAACAUCAACCUUUCACCUGUCACCUUUUCAUUUGAACUUAACAUAAAAUUUUGCUUGGAAACCUGUAAAAGAAAGGAGGGAAAACAGAAGUUCGCAUUUAUGUAAAAUGUUAUAUCAUUUUGAGCCUUCUCUGUCUCUUCUGACAGACUGUGAAUAAAGCAACCCAUUUUCAACUGUUAACCACCUACUUGUCUGUGUGGUUAUUGCUUGAUUGAAAUCUAUAAUUAAUCUCAUCACUCAUCAUGUAAACAAUACACACCAUGUGCACGCUGUUAUUUAUGAAGUUGAAGUCAGCAACCUACAGACAAAAAAUUACCUUAAAAAUUAAGGGGGAAGGAUGCGGACCAGUGAAAAUGCUGGCGGACUAGUGAAAAGUCUACAUUACUGGUCCGGAUGGCCAGUGAA